GCUGUCACGGACUCCUCGACGGAAAAAAAUAAUUCGCCUUGCCUCCGACGGCGCUCUGCAUGGAAGGCGCUGGAGUCGGCGGGCGGCGCCAUCCUCGCCACGCCCGGCACCAGCGCCUACCCCACGGGCGCCUGGGAGACGCUGUGGGGCGUGCCGCUGUGGCCCGUGGAGAAGUCGCCCCGCAACAUCAUCCAGCCCGGCGCGUGUUGGGCGUUCCGCGGCGCCGAGGGCCGCGUGGCCGUGGCGCUUGCCCUGCCCGCGCGCCUCACGCACGUCACCCUGGAGCACCUGCCGGCCUCCGCCGCGCUCACCGGCAGCCGCGCCUCCGCGCCGCGCCGCUGCUCCGUCACGGGCUUGGAAACAACACAAGACACUUCUGGGCCACACUUGGGGCAGUUCUCUUACAAUCUUGAUGGACCUCCACGACAAACAUUUGUGCUUUCUAAUGCCCUGGAUUACCCCUUCAAGGCUGUUCUGCUACACAUUCAUAACAACCACGGAAAUCCAGAAUACACUUGUGUGUACCGUUUCAGAGUGCAUGGAAAUGUGAUCUCUGAUCAAAUAAUACAAAAGAGAACUGGAAUAUAAUGCAUCUGUUCUGAACUAAAUAUAAUUGCUUGAAAGGCUGUGAAGUGUGUGUAAUUAGCUACAUGUAUGCAACUGUAAUUAAGAGUCUCAAGAUAUAAAGAUGUGUAUAUAACCAUACCAUGAUUUAAGUCGUAUAUAAGCAAGGAAGUUCCUACGUGACAUUGCAAGAUGGCAUGAAAGCCAUAUUUUGAGGUUUUGAAUGUUUCUUGAUUUAUUUCAUUUCAUUACAUUUUUCCUUUAAGAUUCUAGGUUUUGUAUAUUUCCAAGAACAUAUACAUUAUAAAUAUUUAAUAGCAAUUAAUUUUUUAUUUCUGAAUAAACUAACCUGAACUGAAAAUUGACCUAAUUAUAGCAGGAAAAUAAUUUAUUAAUACAGGUUGUCCCUACUGGUCACAUAAAUGUUUUCGCCAUGUGUUCCUAUUGUAAUUCAUGUUUUCUCCGCAUUCAAUUUGGCAGGCAAUGGUACUCAAGCAAGGUUUUAGAACAAUUCUCAGAGGAAUAACAAGAUUUUAAAUGAAAAGAACUGCACUCCUUUUUCUUGAACCAUAAUUAUGCUGUAAUAGCUGAAGUCAUAAUCAUUACAGGCAAUCUGAAUUAGUUGCCACCAUGUAAAUGCUACCUUUGCACAGACAAUUGAGUGUGAGAUUUUACAAAGUACAUUAUUAAUUCUCUCUCUCUCUCUCUUUUUUUUUUAAAUAAACU